GCUACUACUACAACUUCUAUCUUUUACUGCUAUCCGGCAAAUGUAAUCUGACACUUGCUCAUUCGGAAUAAGGCGUUAUUAUUAUCGAUUUUCGGGAGCCACAGUGACGGUUUUCACAGUGUGACUGUAUAAUGAUUUCCCUACGUAGGAAGCAGCAGACAGGUUGUCAAAUUCACGCUUGUUAAAGUUUUCCAGCGAGUCAGAGGAAGUCCAAAAUGAGCUCUCAGGAUGUACUGAAGAAUGCGUCCAAGCUAGCAUCGUAUAAUGUGUUGCUACAGGUGACGUUCCGUGUCCUCACCUUCUUGCUGAAUGCAUUCACACUGCGCUUUGUGUCCAAAGAGCUGAUUGGCGUUGUCAACGUCAGGCUUACACUACUGUACUCCACAUUAGUGUUUUUAUCCAGAGAAGCUUUCCGGAGAGCCUGUCUGAGUGGGGUAUCUGGGACAAACCACAGCUGGAGACAAGUUAUUAACCUGCUAUGGCUGACGUUGCCUCUGGGUGUGCUAUGGGCAGCCCUGCUGGUCUGUGUUUGGCUGUGGCUCCUGGAGGUCCCGGACCCCCAGACUGUCCCUUUCUACGGCCCUGCUGUGGUGUUGUUCGCCUUGGCAGGAGUGCAGGAGCUCCUGGCUGAGCCCCUCUGGGUCCUGGCUCAAGCUCACAUGUUUGUCCGACUGAAGGUGGUCGGCGAGAGCUUAGCAAUGAUAGCUAAGUGCAGCGUAACUGUGGCGCUGGUGGUGUUUGCCCGUGAAUGGGGCCUUUACAUCUUCUCUGCUGCUCAUUUGGUGUACACAGGAUUCCUGGUGCUCUGCUAUGCUGUUUACUUCAUUCGUUUCUUGGGCUCAAAAGAGGCAGCCGAGAAGAAGUUUCCUCUGCGCCGCGUUGGAGAUCUCUUGCCCUGCAGAGCUGAUGGAGAGCCUCUGGUUGAUUGGACUCUGGCUCGGCUAACGUGGAGCUUCUUCAAGCAGUCCUUCCUGAAGCAGAUCCUGACGGAGGGUGAGCGCUACGUCAUGACCUUCUUGAACGUCCUCAGCUUUGGAGACCAGGGAGUUUAUGAUAUCGUCAACAAUCUGGGCUCCAUGGUGGCCCGCUUCAUCUUCUUGCCCAUCGAGGAAAGCUUCUACAUCUUCUUUGCCAAAGUGCUGGAGCGGGGACGUGAUGUCAGAAGUCAGAAACAGGAAGAUGUUGCCAUUGCAGCAGAGGUCCUGGAGUGUCUGCUGAAACUGGUGCUGGUGAUUGGUCUGAUCAUCACAGUGUUUGGCUACGCCUACUCUCACCUGGCUCUGGACAUUUAUGGCGGCUCUCUGCUGAGCAGUGGGGCAGGGCCCACUUUGCUGAGAUGCUACAGCUGCUAUGUCCUCCUGCUGGCUGUCAACGGUGUAACAGAGUGUUUUGUCUUUGCUUCCAUGAGCCAAAAAGAUGUUGACAAGUAUAACUUUGUAAUGCUGGCUCUGUCUGUGUCUUUCCUGUUCCUGUCCUACAUGCUGACAUGGUGGGCUGGCGCUGUGGGCUUCAUACUGGCAAACUGCCUUAACAUGGGCCUCCGAAUCUUGCACAGCCUGCUUUACAUACAACACUAUUUCCAGCCCAGUCAGUGGCAACCUCUGCAAGGCCUGUUGCCCUCCCCCCUCCUACUCCUGGCACUUGCUGUCAGUGCCGUUGUCACAGCGCUGUCUGAGGGUGUGUUCUGCUGUGACAGUGGCUGGUUGCUAAGGCUGGUCCACAUCGGCGUAGGAGCAGCCUGUCUGCUUGGUGUGUUCGUUGCUGUUCUUCUCACAGAGACUCGGCUUGUUCAGUUUGUGAGGACUCAGCUUCUGCCCCGAUACGCAAAGAAACACACUUAAACUGGACUGGAAGAAAGCUGGUUCACUGCACACAGUUCUAUCAGGAGCCACUGACUGACUGUUACUAACUGUGUGAAAGCAGCGAGGGAACAACUGUGUGUGUGUGUGUGUUUUUUAUGAUGUUGGAAUGUUUUCACUGGAUCAUUCCUGUGUUCGGACAAUCAAAUGCGAACAAACAUGUCCCUGUCGUUUUGGAGCGUAAUUGUGGGUGAUUAAAAAAUGACUGUAUUUUAAGAAAACAGUUGAAUUUGUUAGAUUGUCCUACACAGUAAGAAAAGGCAACCUAAUUCAUACUUGUGGUGUUAUAGUUAAUAUGAUGAAAAACUCAAGCAGCCCAAAGGAUCUGUUUUGUGUGUCCACACAUGUCAAAUCACCACUGUGGAGGAGCCCAGCUGUUUUUAAGGCUACAUUACUGAAAUGCAUUUUAGUAAAAAACUGAAUGUACGGUUUUACUUGAUAACAUACGAUAACAUGACAUGACUUGAAAUUAGAAAUAUUCUCUAUUAAACCUGUUUAAAAAAAAACUUGCUUGAGGAACAUUUGAUUAAAUUUGGUUAAUCCAAAUUUGCAGUGAUGAGAGAAAGAUGGUUUUGUGUUGCAGUUUGUUUAUGAAAACCGGUUUGUAUGUAUUUCACCACUGGUUUGUGUAUGUUCUGUAUCUCAUGACACACCGACACUCAUGAAAGGUCUGUUCGCGUAAGCUUUGUUUUUGCCGAAGUAAAGAAGCAGGGAUAAAUCCUGUUCUGCGCGCCACAAACCGAUAUACAGAUGUAGACUGUGAGGAUGCAGAGCACUGGUUUGCUCCAGUGAUGCUUUUUGCUUUUGGUCAUAUUUUGCUUUGCUCUCAGUAGAGU